AUGGAUAGGAAUUUGGUCAAUAAUUUGGGUAAAGGCGCCAACUAUGAGAAGCUUGAAGCUGUGUUAACUGGGGUUUUAGAUGAGAAAAUUGGAUUGAACCUUGAAGUGGUUAUGAUAAUUAUCACUGUUGUAUGUCCAGUCUAUCCUUCUUUACAAAGUUCAUUAAAGAGUAAGUUGCUUCAAAUUAUAUCUAAUUCUUAUCUUUUAUUUUCUAAUAUGAUCAAUUAUUCCUCUAGAUUGAAAGAUUCCAGUAAAAAUUUAGAACGACAAAUUUAUCUAGAUAUAUUGAUUGAUUUAUUAAGAUACCACCCUACACUGCUAUACAAUUAUAUGCAAUUGCUAAAGUCAUCAAAGGAAGACUUGGAUAUAUUAAAGUCUGUGUUCUUUGGAAGCAGGCUGUUUAAUUUAUUGUCAAGCUCAUUGAGUAUAGUUGACUAUAUCGAAAUAUUAACCAUACAUUUCAAGUGUUUUUUGGAUGAAACAUCUUUUGAUGAAAUAAACCUAUAUCAAAAAACGGGAGAAAUGUUGACAUCAUUCUUUUCUUUAAAUCCAUUAUUUACAAUGGAUAUAAUUUUAGACAAACUGUUACUCUCAGAGGAUCAGUAUUGGAUUCAUUUUAAAAAUAUUAUUACUCACUCGAAAAGAAAUGUCAGAAGAAAUAUUAUAAUAAACACCUUAUUCCCAUAUUUUGAUAUCAGAGUUAUUGAAAAAAAUUACAUUGAAAUUUUCGAAAUUCUAAGUCAGUUACAGGUGCAUCAAUCAAUAGAUUAUCAAAUGCUAACAAAUUUGAAAUCAACUAUAUUGAUUGAAAUUAUUUUAAAGAUCAUACCAGAAGUAAUGGUCACUAAUUUUACAGAUAAGGCAUUAAGACGAUUUAGUGAUGUAAAUGUUUACGACGAUGAGAAAACUUGCCAGAUAUUGUGCAUGUUAUUAUCUUACCGCACUACUUCUGAGCAACGUGUUAAAAUUGCUGAAAGCACUGCAUUUUUGAAUGGUGUCACUAAGAGAUUAACCAACAAUGAAUUGACAAUCAGGGAGCGUACAAUGUUUAUUGCAAAAAUGGUAACUAAUGGAACCUUGGAGUAUGAGAGCUCAUUUGAUAUUAUUAUUCCAAGACACGAUUUCAAGAACUUGCAAGUGGCAAAGACUAUCAAGUUGGAAAAUCUAAAGUUAGAGACUAAUAGAUUAGUUGACCAAGACACGGAAGGGAAAUUAGAUGCAAUUUCUAAAUUUAAUGAUUUGAACCUAGACACAGAUAGUGAUGAUGAUGAAGAUUCUUAUACAAAGAAAAAAAUCGUUUUCAUGAAAGAUUUAUUAUUAGAGUUCGAGAAUAUAGAUAAAUCAAAACGCAACGAUUUUGUAUCAUUGUUAAAGACUACAGUUAAAUUAGUUAGGCAAAAGAGAAAUUUUAUCUCUGAAGUUUCAUACUAUGCUGCUAAAUUGAUUGUAAACAUUUGUACUUUAAAUAAUAAUUUUGAGGAAAAGGAUUUUGAGGCUUGGAGAAUUAAUGCAUUAGAGACAAUUUUAUUUGUUACCCCUGAAUCUAUAAAAGAUAUUUUAAAACUAUUAUUUACUACAGAACUCUCUCUCCAACAAAGGAUGUCUAUCCUUUCUUCUCUGGGAUUAUCAGCUAGAGAGCUACGUGGUUAUGAUGAUGAAUACAUUGUAAAAUAUGAAACUGAUUUUUUUGAACAAAAAUUACCAUGGUCCACAAAUCAAAGUCCUAUAUCAUUGCAAUCUGCUGAACAAAGCACAAUUACAGAAAUAAACCCGGCCAAUAAUAGUAUAAUGGAGAAUUCACAAGUAACAUGGAAAUCUAAAAAACUAUUGAAAUCAAAUAAAACUAGUAGAAAAAAUGAGUUUAGAAAGCAUGCAAGUAUUUUUUUUUAUCCUCUAGCGAACCAGUGGCUGAAUGGCAUAGAUUUAGGAACUUAUGAUAAAAUGUUUAAACUGCAUUAUUUAAAAACAUUACAUAUCAUACACGAAUGUGCAUUCCCAUCGAAUGAUUACAAAGAUAUAACAGCAUUAUAUGAGGAAGUCUUAGCAGAUGGGCUAAAACAAGAACUACCAAUUGAAGACCUUGUCAUUUCGAUAAAAGAUAGAAUUUAA